ACUGACAGAUAGCAGGUGGCGCUAGCAGCAGAGGCUUUUUUAGCAUUGACACAAAGUGUCUGAAAGUAUCCAUGUGAAGAAUAACAGCUCUGGAAAAAAGGAAAAUUCGAGCUGUGUUUUUAUGAAAUGGACGGUGAUAAAACUGAAGUCAAAGGUAAAGUGGGCGACCUGGUGAUGCAGAACCCACAAGCGCUGGCGGCUCUUCAGGACAGACUAGACAACUUAACACAGAGUCCUUCAGUUAUGGACAGCUUACCGCUGUCGGUCAGGAGAAGAGUCAACGCCUUAAAGAAUCUGCAAGUCAAGAGUGCACACAUAGAAGCCAAAUUUUACAAGGAGGUACACGAGCUGGAAAGAAAAUACGCUGCUCUAUAUCAACCACUGUUCGAUAAGAGGAAAAGCUUUGUCACCGGUGCAGUGGAACCUACAGAUGAGGAAUGUGAAUGGCAGAGUGAUCACGAGGAUGAAGAGCUGGCAGAUGAGCUACAGAAGAAAGCCUCCAUCGAAGAGAAGAAAGCGGGAGAGGAGGGCACUGCUGAGGAAAAUCCCAAAGGAAUCCCUGAAUUCUGGCUCACGAUAUUCCGCAGCGUGGACAUGCUGAGCGAUAUGUUACAGGAAGCCGAUGAGCCGAUCCUCAAACAUCUACAAGACAUUAAAGUGAUAUUUUCUGGACCUGAUGAACCAAUGAGUUUCACUUUAGAGUUUCAUUUUGAACCUAACAGUUACUUUAAAAACACGGUUCUCACAAAAGUCUACAAGAUGAAAUCGGAACCUGACGCCGACGAUCCGUUCUCCUUCGAAGGCCCAGAGAUCAUCGACUGCGAGGGAUGUGAGAUCGAAUGGCACAAAGGGAAAGAUGUAACCGUCAAAACGAUUAAGAAGAAACAGAAGCACAAGGGCAGGGGUAUCGUGAGGACGGUCACUAAACAAGUGCCCACUGACUCCUUUUUUAACUUUUUUAACCCAAUUAAAGUUUCCCCCGAUAGUGAAUUGGAUGAGGACUCUGAAAUUACCCUAGCCACAGAUUUUGAAAUCGGCCAUUUCUUCAGAGAGAGGAUAGUACCAAGAGCUGUGUUGUACUUCACCGGAGAGGCGCUGGAGGACGACGAGAGCUUUGAGGAAGAAGAGCUGGAUGAAGGUGAAGAGGAGGAUCAGGAGGAUGAUAUGGAGGAAGAUGAAGAGGAGGGAGAUACAAAGGCAUAAGUCAUUUGUCACUUCAUGCAUUUCUAGAGCGGAGAAGCCCAACCUGCAGAGUGCAAACAGCAGUAAGAGACUAGCGCCACCUGCAGCCAGUCCGUUUCCUGCUCAGCGUCGCCUGAUCUCUGCACAACAGUCAUCCUAACCAACCCGCAAACGUCAACAGAAUAACAUUGUGCAUGUUUUGAUUUUGUUUUGUUUUUUUUGUUUUUCUCCCAAAAAAUAAUGUUACCAAAAAAAAUAUCUGGUAGAAUAAAACGACAAAAUUCGGUCAUAACUGUGGAUUAUUGCAUUGUGAGCAAACUGCCAAUUCGUUUUUUUUAAAAUUAUUAUUACAUUCUAAACUCCGUUGUUUGUUUUUAAUCCACACCCACAUUCCCAGAAGCCCUCGGAUUCGGAAAGUUGGAAUGGCAUUUUAAUUCCAAAGUUAAUUGAUUUAACCUUAUUUUUUUAUUUUGACUUGAUAGUUUACUCAGGGUUUUUUAUGCUGAGAAAACAUGCACACGCUCCGUUAGGAAACCGCCGAUAAACUGAUCCCACUUCAUCCUUUUGUUUUUGUUUUUUUAUUUUAUUUUGUUUGUCUUAGGUUCUUAUGAUUUUAUUAUCUCUCCGAAACCUUUUUAGAUCUAUUUCAAAUUAUUCUGAAGUUAUUUAUAUAAACCUUGCUCUUUUUUUUUAACGGUGUUAAACUACAUGGAUUGUUCCUGUCCCCCCAGCUGGAUUUCAGAGAGUGGAAGAGCGUUCUCUAAUGUCCUGUGUCCUCUUCCUUUAACUACGAUGUUGUUGCUUUACUGCCCCCGAGCGCUUACUAAAGAAUUAAAUAUCAAAAUUGCCAAAAUAUCUACUGUUUUCUUUAUUCAUUGUUAGAAAAAUAACUAUGCUGAUAUUGACAAUGCACUAUUGACCAGCAGAGGGCAGCAGAAUCAGACCCAUAAAAUACAAGUGCAGACCGUUUAUAAGAAGAAGAGUGGGCUAUUGACAGGAACUACUAAUAAAUGUUGUAUAGAAAUAUCUUUGUGUGGGAAUUACAUUUAAUAUAUGGAUACACUGGUUGAGAGAGACCAGAAGACACAUUGUCUUAAAGAAAUCUGAACAUUAUUCCUAAGAGACCAGAGAGUCUUAAAGACUGCUGCACACACCAUAUACCCACUGUAGAGACCUUUAAACACUGUAACAUACACCACAUGUUACAGAGAGACUGGAACAACAGACUGCAACACACCAUAUAGCAGCAGUGGAGACCUUUAAAUACUCACAUACACGUUGAUUCCAUACACCAUUGCAGAGAGACCAGAAGACACAUUGUCUCAAAGAACAUUAUCGUAGAGAGACCAGAACAAUACUGAGUCUUAUACACUCUAACACACACCAUAUACCUACUGUAGAGACCCUUAAACACUCACAUAGAAAUUGGACCACACCACAUACAUGUUACAGAGAGACCAGAACACAGUUGCAGAGAGACUGGAAUUCAUACACCAUCACAAAUCGACCUGAACACACACUGUUGCCAAAAGCAGAAUCCAUAUACCAUCACACACCAGAACACACAUCAUUGGUGCCCAGAACACACACCAGUGUAAAGAGACUGAAACACAUUGUUGGAGAGAGACCAGAAGACACAUUGUCUUAAAGAAACCUAAUCAUUAUCACAGAGAGACCAGAACAAUUCUCUGACACACCAUAUACCCACUGUAGAGCCCUAUAAACACUACAGUACAAAAACUGGAACACACACCAAACAUGUUACAGAGAGACCGGAACCAAUACACCAUCAUAAAGAGACCUUAACACAUCACUGCAGAGAGACCAGAACCAAUACAGCAUCACAAAAAGACCUGAACACACCACUGCAGAGAGACCAGAGAGACC